AUGCCUUUUGGGAUCCUAGACGACGACAAGCUAGAACAUAUUCCGGGAACGGCUCCCCUGAACAGCCUCUCAGAUACCAGUUCAUACUCGGGCGUAGACCCAGGUCUUCUCAAACAUGACCCCACUGGCCAGAUCGUGCUCGUCCCUCAACCCUCCGACUCUCCCAAUGACCCACUGAACUGGUCCCGCAGCAAGAAGGAAAUGUUCACUGUCGCAUAUGGCUGGGGCUGCGGUUGUGUAGGAGCCGUUGGUCCACUUCUCGGUGGUGCAUUCGUCCCUCUCGCCGCAGAAUUCGGCGUCUCGCUGACGACAUUCGUCUCUGCUGUACAGGGUGGCACAAUCGCAGCCAUCGCCGUUGGAAGUCUGAUAUUCAACUCUUUGGCUGUCAAAUACGGAAAGCGACCUGUUUAUCUUGGAACCACUGUUGGCUUGAUGGUGUCCUGCUUUUGGGCGGCAGGAGCAAAAAGUUUCGAAUCGUUCGUUGCUGCGCGGGUGCUAUGUGGCCUCUGUAUGGCACCAAUGGAAGCCUUGGUUCCUGCGUCAAUCUCGGAUAUCUGGUUUGUCCACGAGCGUGGUUACCGGACGGCAAUCUUCAACCUAGGUGUCUUGGGCGGGAUUAAUCUUGCAUUACCGAUCGCCGCUGCAGUCAUUGAGUAUGGAUCCUAUCAUGAUGCGCUGUAUGCUAUGGGCGGUGCCUUUGCUCUGACUCUCAUCCUCGUUUUCUUCUGGAUGCCCGAGUCCGCUUACACAAGAGAGGCUUUCAAUAUCGAUACUGCGGAUACAAACAUCAUACUGGAUGGGAAGAGAAGCCUGGAGCAAGUUGAAUACUCCCCCGAUGCUGAAUCUCGAACCACCGAAAGGGCAAAAUCCUGGACGAAGGAACUCAUGCCUUACAGUGGUUAUGUCAACCAUGUUUCAUUCUGGAAUACACUUAUUCGCCCAUUUUAUCUCUUGGCAUCACCAGCUGUGCUUUGGGCUGUUCUAUUGUUUACCACCUGCAUCUCAUGGCUGGUCGGCAUUUCUCUCACGCUCUCUCAAAUUUUCUCCGCUCCGCCAUACAACUUUUCUGUCGUCGGUGUCGGUGCAACAAAUCUUUCAUCAUUCGUUGCAUCUGUCCUUGGUACUGUGAUCGCGGGACCUUUGAUUGACGGUUUGGUUACAAGAAUGUCUAAGAAGAACGGUGGUAUAUUUGAACCGGAAUUCCGUCUCCCUAUCAUGGCCACAUACCUCCUAUUUACCUCAACAGGAUUCUUCGCCUGGGGGCAAUCGUCAUACGCACAGGAUCCGUGGCCGGUGCCCGUUAUCGUGUGCCUGGGACUCAUCAACUUCGGCGUCCAACUAGGAACCACCGGCGUCGUCACAUAUGUUGCUGAUUGUCACCGAGAGAAGGCUGGUGAAGCUUUUGCGACUAUGAAUUUUGUCAAGAAUAUGUUCGCAUUUGGGCUGUCGUUCUACAUCAAUGGCUGGAUCGAUACCCAGGGUAUUCGCAACUGCUUCUUUACUAUCGGCGGUAUCACGGUAGGUGUUACACUGUUUACAAUUCCAAUGUGA